AUGGGAAGCAAGCGGAAGAGACCCGUCAAGACCCACGGUCCCACGCCCUCGUCUCAGACGAGUAUCACCAAAACCCUUGGGCGUUUCAAGUCCUCCAAAGGCCCCAUUGUGCCAAAAAACCAGACUUCUCACCCUUUGAUUUCACUGUACUACCGAAAUGUCCUUACAUUACGACAGUACCUACUGGACCAACUUCCGAGAUCUUCCAAAUUGCGACGACGACGCAUAGCCUCACUCGAGGCCUCGGCGCAAAGCAAUGUCAAACCAUUGGCAACCCUACUAGACUCCACACUGGUGGGAGUUUUGAAGAAAUCACCUCCGGAACUCAACUCCGAACGCCAGCGGGGCUAUCUUGCUUUCAGCCAGUCCCAGUCGCGGUCAAUCUUAGCUAGCACAGACAGUGGUCCGGACUCUCCCCAGUCUGAGGUGGUUGAAUUCGUGAUCGGACAACUCUUUAAUCGUUAUGGUUCAUACCAGAAAUCUCCGCAUUUGUUGACUCAUGGCUUCAAACGCCUUUCGAGGGACAAUGGCCCGGAAAGCAUUAUCCCAGGGCUGGUAGCUGAGUUUCCCAACCCGAAUGUCCGAACCUUGACAGAGGCUCCAUGGACAGAUAUCCUGGGCCUUUUGGGCCAGAAUGGUAACGAUAUCAUGAUGCGGCUGCUCUUUGAUUGUGGCAUUUUCAGCCCCAUCAACGUUUCAAAGGGGAUUUACUACCAACUAAGUGGUAGGUGGGAUCUAUCGCUAUACAUUAUCACCACUCACACGCUCUUAGGGCUACCUUUGUCUUCCCUGGAACAAGUCAGGGAGAGGUUUUCAGAACUUGAUGGACUGGACUUGGGUCAGAAAGAGACAAAAAAGAAACGCGAUCGCGGUGAUAGUCGAGGAGAACCCUAUGGUCUCAAUAGCAUCGUGCUGUCCCGCCGUCGCAUACUAUACAGUCGGCCGAAAGUUGACUCCAAUCAGAAGGAACCCUCUGGACUGAGCAGGAAUCAUGUCUUGAACCGCUUCUCGUCAUUGGACUCGACAGCUGAGGAUAUGUAUGUGAUGAAGUACAUCUUUCCCCGACAGUUUGGCUUGCAGAACGUUUUUGUCCGAAAAAUAGACGCAAAUUACUAUACCAAUCCUUUCACAGCUCCGAAUUUCCGAGAAGAGAAAAUAUCUCGGCAGGCACUAAAACGGCGACCUGUUCAAUCAGCGGAGCAAAGUUCAGCGAAUACCGAGGAUCCCAUUUCAAAGUGCCCAAAGCGACUGCGAGGAAAGGCGACUGAGCUUUCCAAAAGUCUACGAGUUCGUCAUGCUCGAUGUUCAUAUCGGGCGCUGCUGGAAUAUUAUUGCCCCAUGGAGGCAAAUGUUCCAUGGACACUCGGCGCACCCUCGUCCUUACCAGAUGAUACCACAGGCAACGAGUUGGCUUCUUCUACAGAAAAACUGAUAACUCAGGCGUCAAUAAAAGGACGAUGGCAAGAAGCCAAAGCUUCUACCCCACGGAAGAGUCCAAAGUCGAAGCCAAAAGUCAGCAUGGGUGAUUAUGCAACUCCCCCAUCUUCGGUUUCAGCUUUUUGCCGUUCUGUCCUACAGAACUUAAUCCCUCCGCGAUUUUUCGGUGAUGGUGUUGAUGGCAUAGCAAAUCGCAAAGCUAUUAUGAAAAAUGUAGAUAAGUUUAUCAAGAUGCGACGAUAUGAAAGUCUCAGUCUACAUGAGCUGUGCAAUGGCUUAAAGAUUACUUGUAUUUCCUGGCUGGUAUCACCCAAGCUCCAACGGCAAUCUGAUGAUGCCAAAGAUAAAAUGUCCUUCUCAGACUUGCAGAAACGAACAGAGUUGCUGCACGAAUUCAUUUUCUAUAUCUUUGACUCCCUUCUGAUGGAUUUGAUCCGGACCAACUUUUACGUAACAGAAUCGCAGGUUCAUCGAUAUCGCCUCUUCUACUUUCGCCAUGAUGUAUGGAAACGCCUAACAGAGCAGCCUCUAUUGCGACUGAAGGCCACCAUGUUUGAGGAACUUGAUCCAGAAAGUGUUCAGCGGAUGCUUGCAAGCAGCUCUUUAGGAGUUGGUGCUCUUCGUCUUCUUCCAAAAUCAACGGGCAUACGACCUAUCUUAAAUCUUCGCAAACGGGCUCUCAAGCAAAGCAUCUAUAACAAGAAACGCAGAUAUCUCGCACCCAGUAUCAAUUCAAAUCUGGCUCCCGUCUAUAACAUGUUGAACUAUGAGCGAGAUCAUUCUCCCACUAAAUCAGGGGCAGCAAUGCAAUCUAUGGGAGAACUGCACCCUCGGUUGAAAGUUUUCAAGCAACAGUUGGUACAACGCAUUUCUAAUAUCGAAGGUAGUCGCUUUCCUCGUCUCUUCUUCGUCAAGGUUGAUAUUCAAGCUUGCUUUGAUACAAUCCCUCAAAAGAAACUAUUGCAUAUCAUCGCAAAUCUGGUUUCAGAAGAGCAAUACCUGGUCACGAAGCACGUGGAGAUGAAUCUCUCAAAUUCUGAAGCAUGGAAAAGACCAAUGCGAAAGUACCUGGGGCGUGCAGCACCUCUUAGAAAGCAACAAGCCAUAUCGGAAAUUGUGGCCAAUCGGGCGCAUCGGAAAGAUAACACAGUGUUCAUUGAUAGUAUCAACCAGAAAACCCAUGGUACCGAUUCAUUGAUAGAAAUGCUCGAUGAACAUGUGCGGAACAACUUGGUCAAGAUGGGUAAGCAGUACUUCCGCCAGCGCAGUGGAAUUCCACAGGGCUCUGUUGUGUCAAGCCUGCUGUGCAAUUUCUUCUACGCGGAGCUGGAACGAAACGUGCUGGGAUUCCUACGACCUGAAGAGUCACUGCUUCUGCGACUCGUUGACGACUUUCUUCUCGUCACCACAGAUAUCGGCCAAGCAACGGAGUUUCUGCAAGUCAUGAUACGCGGUCAGCCUUCGUAUGGCGUGACCGUCAACCCAGCAAAGAGCUUGGUCAAUUUUACAACAAUGGUUGACGGUGUUCAUAUUCCCCGCCUCGAGGGGUCAUCUCUUUUCCCUUACUGCGGGUGUUUAAUUGACACACACACACUUGGGAUCAACCGAGACCAAGAUCGUCUACUGGAUGGCGGCGACUCAGCUGCCGCAACCUUGUCCAAUACAUUGACUGUCGAGACUAGCCGCCUUCCUGGUCGGACCUUUCAACGCAGAGUUGUUACCGCUCUUCGGUUUCAGCUCCACUCGAUGUAUAUCGAUGGAGCUCAUAAUUCGCGAAGUGUUGUUCUGUCCAACCUCUACUGUGGUUUCAUCACCUCUGCUAUGAAAAUGUACCGGUACAUGAAAUCUCUUCGAGGCCGUGCCCAUCCUGACUCGCCCAUAAUAAUCAACAUCAUCCGGGAUCUAAUUCAGCAGACUCAUGGUAUCAUCCAAGCUCGGCGGGCAUCAAAAUUAGCUCCACUCUCAUGCCCAGUGCAUAUCAAUCAACUCCAGUAUCUGGCUGCAGCCGCAUUCCGGUUUGUAUUUCAACGCAAACAAACACGCUAUGCACCAGUGCUGCAAUGGCUGGACAAAUCAGGCAGAGAAUCACGCCCAACUACUGAUGCAGAAGCCUUACGAAUGUUACAUGUAGUCAAGAAGGGAACGGCACUAUUUAAGCCGUGGCGUUUUUAA